AUGUGCCAGGAUAUUAACGGAAUAUUUCGAAAGAAUAUGGACACCUGGAUGAACGGUUCCUGCGUGGAAUGCGCUUGCAGCAAUGGUACCAUCAACUGCACUCAAACGAUUAUCAGUAUAACUUACGGACUAUAUAACGUCUCAGUAUUUCCGACUUGUGAAGGUUGCACAUCACAAGAAACACAAACUUUCAGUGCUUGCAAAGGUGAGAAAUUAGUUUUAAAGUAUUGCAGAGGGACUUUUAAGGUUCACCUUAAGUGGUGCUCUGCAGUUAUUGUUAUACCUAGGAUUUGUUUAUUACGAGUUAUUACGAUUUUUACAUGCAAAAAAAUCGAUGCGUCCUAUUAAAGAAUGUUUUGAAGAUCAACAAUUCCUUUUCCCUCCUUAUUUUAGCCUUCAGCGAUAGUAGAGACAAGUUAAUCGGCUGCGAAAGCGAGGGACUUUAUAUCCGGGACGUUCAUCUCUGUAAUGGAAUCGAGGAAUGCCCGGAUGGAUCAGACGAAAAAGGAUGUGAAAAUGGUGUGUAUGAAGUCUUGUGUUAUUGA